AUGAGUGGACUACCAGCUGGAUGGGAAAAAAGGACGUCCAAGUCCACCGGAAAGACUUACUACUUUAACAGAGAAACGAAUACGAGUCAGUGGGAGAAGCCAACAGAGUCAAGUCAGCGAGUUAGAGCUUCUCACCUGCUUGUCAAACAUAACCAGUCGCGGAGACCUUCCUCUUGGAAGCAAGAUAAGAUAACUCGCAGUAAAGAUGAGGCUUUAGAAAUAAUUAAAGGUAUUAUAGAAUAAAUUGCGAGUUUUUCGUUUGAGCUAUCGGUGCGUCGUUGAUCUCGGCAUCAAUAUUAUACGAAGAAAAUGAACUACCGUCUUGUUAUUCCAAAUAAACGGCCGCCCCUCCUGUGAGAGGGGUUUCUGUAUCAAAUAUCCCCUUCCAAGGGUUUUUUGAACUUUUUACGCUUCUGUUAAAGUUUUUAGAGCACACAUCUUGCAGAGAUGAUAAAGUGGAGAGGCACAUGAGGAUUUAUACAAAAAAUAUGCAGCCCCUUCGAAACACUGAAUUUUAAUGUAUUACUGUUUCAUUGUAUAGAGAAAGAAUAAAGUUCUGACACUUAAUUUGUUAGCUGUCGUUAUGAUAUUCGAACGUUUUCAUUUCCGAUUGGUUGUUGGAAGGAUGUGCAAUCAGAAAAGUUGACUUCUUCCCAGAAAAUUGCUCUGUAAUGAAAGAAAAAAACCACAGUAAUAUGUCAUCAUCCAAUUAAAGUUUACCAAAGAUCUCUGCCCUUUUAAUAGAUUUUGUCAUAUGGAUCCUGUGUCCUGAUUGGCGGGAUUUUCCACAUUGGUUCAAUAAGAGAAAAAAAAUAAAUCAUCAAUCAUUUCCUUAUAAUAAAUCCUUUGUUGACUAAGCUUGUUUAGUCAAAACACUGGAGUUUGGCCUUUUUCUAUCUUUUUGUGAUUUAAUUGACCUUGACCUUGUCCUGGUCCAUAAACAAAAAAGAACAACAUCAGCCCCAGAUAACUAACCCCUCUAACCAUGUUCUUAACCCCAGGAACUGCCAGUCCAGUUUUUAAAAGGUGUAAAACCUUCAGUUAUUGCAUUGAAAAAGCUGAUGAAUCCUUGAUUCAUUGUGACUCUAAUUUUCCUUAAAAAAACGGAAUUAAAUUGGUAUGAAAAAGACCCAUUAAUGUCCAUUGACUUGGCAAUUGACUUGGCAGUAAAGUCAUAUCAUAGCAGAUACAUACUGAGAAGUUAGGGGUGGGGAAUGGGGAAAUCUGAGGUGCCAAGAGCCUGUUUGAAAAAUGUGUGAAAUGUCUAUAUUUAUGGCAAGAGGUUUGAUACUCAAAUUCAAGAGAGAUACACCCAAAGCAAGACAUCAUGACGCUACAUCACAAUAUUUUCAGAUCAGUUAAAAGUAUCUGAGACCUCAGUUUUUCUAGGUCCCAUUUGCCACCUUUGAAAUUAUCAUGGUAAUUGUGAGAUAAAAAAAAAGUAUUCUGAGGAACUAACCAUCUCUCCAUGUAUCUCCACAAUAUGCAUCAUUCAUUUCUGGCAUAUCCAAAUAAUAUAUACAUAAACAUAUCAGUAAAAAAUUUUAUACAGCACUUGCACAGUAAGAAAAAGCUGAAGUUACCCUUUUAUCAUCUGUUUGCAUCUGAUUGGAUGUCGUGUAACAAAUUCUCUCUAUCUUGCAGGUUACCAGAAGGAUAUUUUGUCAGGUAAGGCUACCCUUCAAGAACUGGCGACCACUGAAAGUGAUUGCAGCAGUGCCAAAAAUGAAGGAGAUUUGGGAUUUUUUGGACCAGGACAAAUGCAAAGUAAGCAUAGGUUUAUAUCCCCAUAAAUUUGAACUAAACUUUGUUUUGUCACACGUACUGUAUCAAGAAAUAAGGAGAGUGGAAGUUCUUGAAAGUAGUCCUCAAUUACCCAGGUCCCAGGUAUGCAGCCUAUUUUAGUAUGAUUUUGCAUAUAGGGGGAUUCCCAAUAAUGCAAAUUUCAUUGUUUUCCAGUUUUUAUGUCAGUGACACUGUUUUUGAACUUUUGCAUGGAGAUCUUACAUCCCAUUCUAUAGGAAAUGCUUGAUAUCUAGAUUUGGACUCCCCUACAUCACAAGUUUCAUCAGAUAAAAUCAUACCCAGUUGGGUUCAUUUGGAGAGAUAGCCCCCAGGUUGCCUGCCAGUCUGUCUAACACUGACCCUGAUAUUAAUUUUAUGACAAAUUAACGCCCGAGUCUCACAUGGAGGUCGGGUGCCUAGGAACCUGGGGGCUGGAGCCACCAACCCCUAACCCAGGUAGAAAAAACCCCAAAGCCUGCCCUACCACGAGCCCCGCCCACCACACCCAGCCCUAGCCCAAGCACCCAUCACACUGAACCAAAAGUUCAGUGGAGAAAUGACGACUAUAAUACUACUAAUAAUAAUAAUAAUAAUAAGGGGUGAGGAGGAAGGGGAAAAAAACACACUAAAACUGAGCACGAUGAGCAAGAAGCCCCAAACACUAUGCACUGUAAAACUACAAGCACAAGUAAAUGCGCAGACAUAAAUUGCAACAAUAAACUGCUGACCGGGGGGUACUUGAAAUUGCCCUGCAACAGGCCUAGUACAGUAACGCAAACCCGUGGCGAAAACACUGGAACAUAGGAUAACUGCCAGCUCGCUAAUAAAACACUAACAAAAACAAACGCCAUGCCAACACCAUGCUAAUGCCAAGCUUACUACUGACCAGCUAGCUCCUCGUCGUUAACUAAGUUAAAUAAGUAUAAUUGUUUAAUCUCAUUAUAAAUUUUUACCAAUUCUAUCUUGUAGUUGAGUUGAUUUCAAAACGACAAAAAUUACGUAAAAGAAAAUUUUACUCAGUGAUUGCAAGUUAAACAUUUUGCCAGAACUCUGAAAUGCUAGAUUCAUGUAAUUGCAACCUUGGACAAAAAUGUCACAGAAAACUGUCAAAGACCCACUCAUAAAAAAAACAAUCAAGGAUGGUGGGGUUUGGCCUUCUUGCAGCUUCAUCCUCAGAUUCAAGGGGAAAGGGGCCUGCUUUUUCAUGUUAUUCUGAUUAAAAUUGUAGACUAAAGAAAAAUUAAUGUCAAUUAUUAAACAAAGAAAAAAUUGUCAGUGACUGGAUGGAGAACACAUACUUGAGUUUCCCAUCAAUGAGAGUAUCCGGUCAAAACUCAUAAUCUUUUCACAGAUGUGUACACGAACAGUGGCUAAAAAAGUGCCACAUCCUUUGAGGGAUCCAUCCCAGCGUACCCCUUCACAACGUGGCAGAAGACUAGGGUGUAAUAAUCCAAGUUAACAAUAAUCUGUUUCUUCACUUUCAGGGCCAUUUGAAGAAGCAACGUAAGUGUCACCUUCUUGUUUUGAUCUUGAUUGAUGCAGAUAAGAAGAACUACACAAAGCUUGAAUUGCUAUAUUUUUAUUCAAAAACUCAUUAAUAAUUCAUAAAGAAAAAACAAUAGAAAUUAAUGUUUAAUGAGUGUUUUUAUAUCUUAUAAAGACAGGGCUAAACUUUACGUCCAGUUUUUUAGACCAAAAUAACCCCAGAAUAUUAGUUCAAGAAUGAGUUGAUCUAUAAUUAUGAAAGAUUUUGAAGCCAUUCAAAAAACUCGCAGUCAUGUAUUAUCAGGUUUAUUAUCAGGUUUAAAAACCUGAUAAUACACUUCUUCUUUAAACAGUACUUUUCUAACAGACUUGUUAUGCCAUUACUUGAAUUGACUGCUGUAGUUAAUAACACAGCACUAUAAUUGUCUGGUUUUCUUUAUAAGCCAUUGACAAUAUUUAAUUGCCACACCUUUCUCAAGUGAUUUUGACAUUCUGUCACAUGAUCUUAGACAAAAAUGUUCUGAUUUAUGGCCAGACAUUCAAGACCGUAGUUUCUGUUAAUGGUUAAAGCCAGCCUGUGAUUGGAUUUCUAUGCAUGGUCUCCCUAAUUCCUCUUCUUAUAAUACUCUUGUCUUCCCUUUUGAGGGAAGAAAGGUGUGACAGUGUCUUUUAGGAGUUUGCCAUCUGCUGAAAUAAUAUUGAGGUACUUGUGGCAUUUACAUCACAGAUCACCUGACAAAAUGUUGUAUAUCACUUGAGAAAGGCACCAUGAUAGCUGCAAAUACAUACAGCAGAGUUCUACUUGCAAAACCUUAUUUUGAACUGCUUACAACAGCCAUUCUCAUAAUGAAGCCAGCACAAAGGGUCUGCUAAAGAAAGGUUCAACUGUUUGAGCUUGUCCAUAAUGAGCAGUGUUUGUUUUUUAGCCACUGAGAGGAAUUUUCUUGUUUAGUUACAAUGUAAUCUGUUUUCUUCACAGUUUUGCGUUGGAAAUUGGCGAGUUAAGUGAACCGGUCUUAACAGACUCUGGAAUUCACCUCAUUCUCAGGACAGGAUGA